AUGGAGCCUGCGGAAAUCAAGCUUUUCGUAGGAGGAGUGUCUCACAACACUAACGAACAAACCCUAAGGGAUUACUUUAGUAAGUAUGGAGAGCUCAGAAGCUGCGACAUUAUUAGAGACAGAAUCACUGGUUUGGGCAGAGGUUUUGGUUUUAUUGUGUUUACAGACAGCUCUGUUGUUGAACAUGUCUUGAGUGACACUCAUGUCAUCCUCGGAAAAAAGGUGGAAGUGAAGGUGGCUAAACCCAAGGGUUCUAGAGAAGCUAUGUUGGAGACUCGGAGUGUUAAGAAGGUUUUUGUAGGGGGUAUACCGCCAGACUCCACAGAUGAGGAAUUGGUGAAACAUUUUGAGAAAUUUGGUAUUGUGGAAGAUGCAGAGAUUAGACGUCCGAGGGGGUUUGGGUUUGUCACUUUUGAAUCUGAAGAAGGUGCGAAAAGUGCAUUGAGAAUCCCUUUUCAGUAUAUGAAGAAUAAGUGGGUGGAGGUCAAGGUUGCAGAGGUUAAGGCAAAAGUUGGCCUCAAUAAUGGUAUGAGAAAUUCCCUUACAAACAUAACUUUCCCAAUUUUUCCUACUACUAACUGGGUUAAUGGUAACCCGCAACUGGUAAACUAUGUUCCUGUUCCUUAUUGUACGGCACCAACAAUUAAUUGGUAUUCCUAUGGUGCCAGUGAAUUUUGUUAUAAUAGUUAUUAUCCUGGUGGCUACAAUGGUGGGAGUUGGCAAGAUUUAAAUAACCCUAACCCAUCACAUGUUGUUAUCCGACCACCUCUUGCAAGUAGCAAACUUGUUAUCGGACCACCUCCUGCAAGUAGCAAACCUGUUGUCAUCCGACCACCCCCCACAAAAGUAGAAGAACAAAAUGGCAAUGUGGCUGUGGAAAUUGAUGAAAUACAAGGUGAUGAAAUUGAUGGCAAAAGUCUUACUAAUGGUGAAGUGCAAAUCGAAGAUGAAAUUGAUGGCGAAAGUCUUACUAAUGGUGAAGUGCAAAUCGAGGAUGAAAUUGAUGUUGCAGGUGAUUCCUUUUAA